AUGCUCAACUACCGCAAUUAUUUUACGUUCUUUGACAAAGUACACUCCGCCAAAAGUAUAUCAUCAUAUCAGAGCUCAUUCGCCCAUUUAAGCGAACUUCAAUGGGCUGAUCCGCAGCCCUCAAGCGCCGACCCGAUCGAAAUGAUCAUCGGCGCCGAUCUAUAUGGUUCCGUUCUGUUACCGGGUCUCCGCAAAGGUUCCGCCGACAGGCCAGCGGCACAGAACUCCAUUUUCGGCUGGAUUAUUUCCGGACCGAUUUCAACGAGUUCAUCUUCUCACGCGUGUCACGUGUCCGUGCACCACACGACACUGACCUCACAUCUCAAUGAUGAAAUUCGACGGUUCUGGGAGAUCGAAGAACUUCCGCAACUCUCAUACUUCACCCCUGAGGAACAACGUUGUGAAGAACAUUUCCGAACAACACAUUCUCGCGAUGCUAAUGGACAUUACGUCGUACGGCUACCGUUCAAAAGCAAUACCCCUCUUCAAAUUGGCGAAUCACGGCACAUUGCCUUAUCGCUUCUCUCACGUUCUGAAGGCCGCCUUCAAAAUCAGACAGAUAUCGCUACCGAAUACUGA